AUGGCGUCAUCCACUUCUAAAGCCUUUGCCCAGGGUCUCAUCGACUUUAUCAACGUUUCUCCAACUCCAUUCCACGCCGUCGACGCCGCGAAGAAGGCGCUUCUUAAAGCUGGAUUUAGUGAGAUCAAGGAACGAGAUGCAUGGGGUGGUAAAGUUCUCAGCGGUGGGAAGUACUUCCUCACCAGGAACGGAUCCUCGAUUAUCGCUUUCGCUGUUGGAAAACUGUGGAAGCCCGGUAACCCAAUGUCCAUUGUCGGCGCUCACACAGACUCCUGCGCUCUCCGAUUAAAACCCGUAUCCAAGCGAACGACCGAAGGAAAUACUUUUAUGCAGGUUGGCGUCGAAAGUUAUGGUGGUGGAUUAUGGCAUACUUGGUUCGAUAGAGAUUUGAGUAUGGCCGGAAGAGCCAUGGUCCGACAGAAAGACGGAAAUAUCGUUUCGAAGUUGGUUAAAAUCGAUAAGCCAAUCCUUCGGGUGCCAACCCUCGCCAUCCACCUCGACCGACAAGAAAAAUUCGAAUUCAACAAGGAAACCCAAUUGUUCCCCAUCCUCGGUCUCAUUUCUGCCGAACUAAAUAAGGACGGACCAACCGCCGCACCAGAGGGAGAUGAAAAGAAACAGAACACAGAAGAGGAGAAGGUCGAAAAGCCGUUUUCACCACUAUCCGCCAUUACGGAACGUCACCACCCAGCGGUCGUCAAGUUGAUUUCAGAAGCUACUGAGUCCCAACCAGAAGAUGUAUUGGACUUUGAGAUGUUGCUUUAUGAUACCCAGCCCGGUACUUUGGGUGGGUUGAAUGAGGAGUUUAUCUUCUCUGCUAGACUUGAUAACUUGGGCAUGACAUACUGCUCCAUAGAGAGUUUGAUCGCCUCCGUCGAAGCAGACGACGCCUUGGACCAAGAACAGGGCAUCCGUAUAAUCGCCUGCUUCGAUCACGAAGAAAUCGGUUCCCAAACCGCACAGGGAGCAGACUCGAACCUUCUACCAGCGGUAGUCCGCCGCCUCUCCGUCCUCUCCGGCGACAAAGACUACGACUUCGCAUCCGUCUCCUCCUCCACCUCCCAAGCCUCCACAACAGACCACCUCUUCUCCCCCACAACAACCUACUUCGAAGAAUCUCUUAUCAAAUCCUUCCUAAUCUCCGCCGACAUGGCACACUCCGUCCACCCAAAUUACCCCGGAAAAUACGAAUCCCACCAUCGACCGGAGAUGAACAAGGGAACCGUUAUCAAGAUCAAUGCAAAUGCUAGGUAUGCUACUAACUCUCCGGGAAUAGUCUUGGUUCAGGAGUGUGCUAGAGAUGCCGGGGUGCCGUUACAAUUGUUCGUGGUUAGAAAUGAUAGCAGCUGUGGAAGUACCAUUGGACCCAUGUUGAGUGCGCAGAUGGGGAUGAGGACGUUGGAUUUGGGGAAUGCGCAGUUGAGUAUGCAUAGUAUUCGAGAGACUGGUGGUGCACACGACGUCGAACAUGCGAUCAAGUUAUUCAAGGCGUUCUUCCAGAAGUAUACGGCUUUGGAACCUACGAUCUUUGUUUAG